AUGCUGCACCAGCUUCUUAUCUGCUGCAUGACCAUCUUCAUCCUCUGGUGGUCAAGAGGAACCACAGAUGCUCCUAUCAGCUCAGGACUGUGGCUGUGCCAGCCAGCGCCCAGGUGUGGGGACCGAUUCUACAACCCCCAGGAGCAGUGCUGUAACGAUGACACCAUCCUGCCCCUGAACCGGACUAAUCUCUGUGGACCCAACUGCACCUUUUGGCCCUGCUUUGAGCUCUGCUGCCCGGAGUCCUUUGGCCCCCCCCAAAAGUUUGUUGUGAAGUUGAAAGUUCUGGGUGGGAAGUCCCAGUGCCCCUCCGCCCCCAUCUCCCGGAUCUGUCCCAGUUAA